AUGUAUUCAGAGCUGAUGAAAAACCCUAAACUGCUUAAAAAUAUAGGCUAUAUACUUUUUUUUGGAGGGCUAUUCAUAGUCAUAAAGCCUAUUAUCAAGAUGGUAACGAUAAGCCAGUGCGCAUAUACUCCGUACAACACAGAAACGACCGUUAGAUUCAAUAAUUCCAGGAGUGCGUUGCAGAGAAACAACGGCCAGGUAUACAACGACACGACAUACUACCCAAAUGGCAAUGAUUCAGACGACUUAUCAGAUUAUAACAGUGAUGCAGUAGAGUCUAUUAAUAUCGAGUCAAACCAAGGCAGACAGACCGCCAGAGGAUUUGACCGUUCGUUUCCUAGAAGAGAAAGAAAUAAAAAAAAUGGUUCUUAUUGGCAAUCAUAUAUAAAAAAUUGUUGUGACCAAAUUAUAAUGCCACUGGGACUUGUAUGCCUUCUAACAGGUAUUAUAUUCAUUUCUCGGGCCUAUCAUCUCGAGAACAAGUCGAUGGUACUCAAAAACGCUUUGCCAGAGAGAAAUCUAGACAGUGAUUUAUCUAACAAAUUCGAGAAAAAAGAAACAUUCUCGCCUUCACCAACAGAAAAGCUAGAAAAUGUUUCAUUCAACGACCAGAAGGGCGAAACCAGCUCUGUAAGAGCAGCAAGAUCGCUCCCAGAGGAUGUGCGCAUUGAUUUUUCAGCUGAUUCGCUGCAAGAAACAGAAAAACACUAUAGACUGCCAGUUGAUAAGAGUGCGCACUAUGCACACCCAUCUGUUCCCUCUCACAUGUCUUUUAAUGAAAAUUUACAGGACUAUGAAAGCAUAAACGGAAGAUUUUCUGCCGACCCGUUCCCUAUUGAAUUUAACUCAAGUGAAAGGAAUUUCGGAGUAUCAGAAAGACUCAAAAGGUCUUUGGGCAGCCAGGCGCAAGUAAGCGAAAAAGCAGAGCCCUGCUACAACCAAACAGAGUGGAUGGAGAAAGUAAGACAGAUGGAUGAGGAAAACGACAAGGCAGGAAUUGCAAUAGACAUAGUUCCGCCAAAGCUAUGCCCCUAG